AUGUGGUAUGGUUUACUCCAUCGUCGCCUGCUGGCCCUGUACCGCCCUCCCGGAGCCGCCGAGCCCCAGUCGGGGGGCGGGACGUACUACACCUCCUCCGGCCAGCGCGCGCGCCCCCAGAAGACGCCGUUCCAGAAGGAGACGCUGGAGGCGGCCUUUGAGAUGAAUCGGCACCCCACGGAGGAGAUGCGGCGGGUGCUGGCGGAGCGCAUUGACCUCACCGAGCAGCAAGUCGGGACCUGGUUCCAGCACCGGCGCCAGCGCAAGCGCAAGGAGCAGGUGCAGCAGGCCGUGGCCCAGGCCGUGCUGCCUGGCGCCCCCGCCUACAUGGCGGGGAAGCCCGGCGACGGCGGGCCGGAAGAGGACGGGAAGGGGGCUGAGGACCCCGCCGCGGUCCAAGAGCUGGCGGCCUUGCUGGAGCUGGCUGCGGCGCACCUCCCCGUGCCCUUCCGCCCCGACGGGCCGCCCUUGGCGCUGGAGCACGCGGAGAAGUCGCAGAAGGAGCAGAAGAAGGAGGAGGAGCGGCGCGCGCGCGAGGCCGCGCGCCUGAAGCUGCUCCAGGAGAAGGAGGAGAAGCGGCUGGCGGCGCUGGCGGACAAGGAGCGGCGGGCGGAGGAGCGGCGGCGCGCGCUGGAGGAGCGGCGCAAGGAAAAGGACCAGCUCAAGGCCCUGCAGCAGCAGGAGAAGGCGGUGCUGCGCCUGCGCGUGCGCGACUUUGGCACCGGGCCGCGCGACGACGCCGACCUGGAGUGGGAGGACCUCAUUGCCGAGUAUCGCACGACGCAUGGGCUGCCCGAGGACGACUUUUUCCCCUCCGAGGGCGACCCGGCGCCAGAGGGCCUGCCGCCCCUGCCCCAGAGGCCGCAGUGGCCGCCUGCUGACGUGGCCCUGAUUCCGGCCUUCCCGCCUGAGCUGGGCGGGACCGAGGCCGGCCCCGGCCUCCUGGAGGCCUGGUCCUUCCUCACCUCCUUCUCUGGUGAGCUGGGGCUGGAGCCUGCCCCCCUGGACUCCCUGCUGGCGGCGCUGGCCCGCGGCUCGCGCUCGCCCGCGCUGGCCGCCGUGCACUGCGGCCUGCUGCGCACGCUGCAGGCGGACGCGGAGGAGGCGUGGGCGGCUGGGCCCGCCUCCACCUACGGCGGGCUGGAGUCCAGCGCGGCCGCGGCGCGCCUGCUGGAGGAGGCCUGGGCCUGGGGCUUCGACCCCGACGCCUGGCGCGCGCACCUGGGCGCCGCCACCUGGCCCGAGCCCAAGAUGGGACGUGAGGGCGAGGACGUGGCCGACGACGGCGCGGCGGGCGGCGGCCUGCGCCUGAAGCUGCCCCCCCGCCUCGGCCUGGGCACGGUGAAGGCCGCGGCCUGGGCCGUGCUGGCCGAGGUGGGCGCCGCGGGGCUGAAGGUGGACGAGAUCGCGCGGCGCAUCCAGCGCCGGGGCCUGCGCGACCUGCGCUCCAGCCGCACGCCCGAGGCCUCGGUGGCGGGGGCGCUGGGCCGCGACGUUCUCUUCGCCCGCGUGGACCUGGGCACCUACGCCCUGGCCGCCAUCGUCGCCUACGAAGCGGUGGAGGUGGUGCAGUCCGAGGCGGGGGAGGCCGGCGAGGGGGCCGAAGGGGCCCAGCCUGGAGGCGAGGACGCCGUGGAACCCGCCGCCGCGGAGGAGGAGGAGUACUCGGACGACGACGAGGACGGCCAGCGCUGCGACUACGACGCGCUUUCCUGGGAGCACCGUGUGGACAUGCUGCGCUCGCUGUGUCUGCUGGCGAUGCAGACGCCCUGCAUCCGCGACACCAUGGAGCGGCGGCAGGAGGAGCAGCAGCGCCUCAAACGCCAGGUCUGGGAGGACGCCAAGCUCCCGGGAUCAGCGGACCACGGCACCUCCAUCGCCUCGCCCGACCCCGGCGCGGGCCGCAUCUUCUUCGAGUCGGGGGAGGACGGCGCGCUCAGCAUCGUGCGCGACGCGGCGAGCCUGGACGCGCUGGUGGGCGCGCUGGAGCGGCGCGGCGCGCGCGAGGCGGGGCUCUACGCCUCGCUGCUGCGCCACCGCGACGCGCUGGCGGCUGCCAUGCCCGCCCGCCCGCUGGCCCUGCCGCCUGCGGAUGACGACCUGCCGGCAGAGGAGCGUGCGCGGCUGGCGGCCGAGCACACCGCCGCGCUGCAGGCCUGCGGCAUCACGCGCGCGGGCCGCGCGCGCACCGGCGCCGGCUGGUCGCCCUUUGCGGCCGGCGACAGCGAGGAGGCCACCAAGCUCAAGGCCGACCUGCUGCGCAUCAAGGACGCGCUGGCGCCAGAGGCCCUGGCCCCGGGCUUCGAUGCGGGGGCGUGGGCGGCCAGACUGCUGGCCCCUGGCACGCCCGAGGACCUGCGCGCCGCGCUGGGCGCGCUGGAGGCUGCGCUGCUGCCCUCCGCCCUCUCCCCGCUCUUCCCCCGCGCCCCGGCGGAGCUGCUCGGGGGCGCCUGGCUGCCGGUGGGCGCUGGGAGCGCGGGCGCCGGCGGCGACGGCGGGGAUGGAGCCGCUGGCGGCGAGGCCGAGGGCGCCGGCGACAAGGAGCACGACGCCCCGCGCGGACGCUCCACCACCCCCGCCGGUAGCCAGCCCCAGCUCGCCUGGCUGCCGGCCACACACGCCUCGCUCGCGCUGCGCGUGCUGAGCCUGGACGCCGCGCUGGUGCCGCGCCCGGGCGAGGCGCCGGCGAGGCAGAGCCUGGAGGGGUACUGCCGCGCGCUGCGGCCCGCCGUCGUGGACGGGAAGCAGGGGAGGGUGGUCGCCGGGCAGCCGCUCGGCAUCGGCGGACGCGUUCGUCCCGUCAGCUUUCCCCCGCUCCCCCACAAAUUGCUCUAUGGGCCACGGAGGGAGUUUGCCUUCCCGUUGGCGCAGUUCCAGAGGGAUGUGGUCAACAACAGCGACGCCUCCAUCGCCGUCGCGCGGCCCAAGGGCGUCGGCAGGGGCAGGGGCCGCGGCAGGGGCCGAGGAUCCGCCCUUGCCGCAGCAGAGGGGCGGCGGCCGGGCGUCAGCCGGGCCACGCCGCGCAUCGUCGGCAGCUCUAAGAAAGAGCGACGGGCCAUGCUGACGCAGAAGUCGGAGCUGGCCAAGGAGUUUGAGAACUCCGGCUCGGGCGAGUGGGGGAACGCAUGGGCGGGGAGGGAUUCCGAGCGGCACUACGGCACAGACUUCGAUGAGGACCAGGAGGAGUUCAACGCCGGGGGGUCUGCCGUGCCCUCGGCAGGUGGGGAUCUGCCAUCUGGGGCCCCAUCGGCGCUACCCUCCGAGGACGAAGCCAUCUCAGACGGUGCGUGUGGCCGGCUCACGCCGCGCAUCGUCGGCAGCUCUAAGAAAGAGCGACGGGCCAUGCUGACGCAGAAGUCGGAGCUGGCCAAGGAAUUUGAGAACUCCGGCUCGGGCGAGUGGGGGAACGCAUGGGCGGGGAGGGAUUCCGAGCGGCACUACGGCACAGACUUCGAUGAGGACCAGGAGGAGUUCAACGCCGGGGGGCCGGCCGCGGCGCUGACCCCUGAAAUGGAGAAGGUCACGGGGAUGGUGCUGGACCACGCCCUCCAGUGGGGCGCGCAAAUGCUGAUUGUGUGGUUCGUGGGCCUCUCCCUAGGAUACCUGCUGCCGCGGCCUCGCUGGCUCCAGAAAGGCCUCGUCUGGAAGGAGCUGGCCCUGCAGACCACCACCGGGUCCUGGUUCAAGCGUGUCACCCUGGCCCUGCAUGCCCUCCUGGUCGUGAGGGAGAUCCUGCUGCGCCUGUGUCCGCCCGGCACCUUCCAGGCGGCCUGGAGGUCCCUGUGGCCCUCCACCCAGGUGUCGGCCUUUGCCGCGGCAGCGGCCGUCGCCUGCGUCGACGACGCGGCGGACGCCCCGCGCCUCGCCCUCGCCGCCGGGAGCCACGCCCCGCCCCACCCGGCCGACGCCGAGUGGUGGAUCACGGAGUCCGACUGGCAGGUGUUCCGCGACGCGUGCGAGGGCGAGGGUGCGCCCGGGCAGCCGCGGUGGGAGGACAUGUGCCGCAAGGAGUUCCCCGACUGCAUCUACACAGCGCAGCGGCGCACGCUGCACUGCGGCCGCACCGAGUACCGCUCCACCACCGUCCUGCGCGACGCCGGCGCGGAGGCGGUGAUGGACUUUUACCUGGAUGACGAUGUGCGCGCGGUGUGGGACCCCAUGAUCUCCGAGCACUCGCUGGUGGAGAGCCGGGCCGUGGCGGGCAACCCGGGCGCGCGGUGCCAGGUGGUGCGCUGGCUGCGCACCUUCCCCUUCGCCUUCAUCAGCAGCCGGGAGUACGUUCUGGGCCGCCGCGUCUUUCGCGACGCCGCCACCGGCGCGCUCUAUGGCAUCACGCGCUCCGUGGACCACCCGGGCGUGCGGCGGUGCGGGCGGCACGACCUGGGCAUCCCAGAGCACGUCGCGCGCUUCGCCAUCCGCCACGGCAUGGUCGGCUUCCUCAAGCGCAUGCUGCCAGAGGCGCGCGCGUUCCUGGCGCGCCGCGCUGAGAAGCUGGACGUGGACGAGCCGGACCCGGACGCCUACGCGCGCCGCGUCGCGGCGGGGGCCGACGGAGGGUGUCUACUACUGUCGCAGGCGCACGGCGUCGCGUCGCAGGCGCACCCGCUGCCGCCCCGCGCCGACGCCGAUGGCGCGGCAGACUCCACGGAGGCCUCCAGCUGGUCGUCGCGGGGGAGCAGCGUGAGCAUGCCCAGCAUGCGCCGCCUGGGCACCAUGGUGUUGGCCUCCAGCGUCGCCGUGCUGCUGGCGCGGUCGGGGGCCAAGAGCAGCGCGUCGAGGAGACGGCGCCACCGCGCGGAGGCCGUCCGCCUAGACGCGCUGUGCCUGGAGUCGGUCGCGGCCGCGCACGCGCCCGCGGGCGCGCGCGCCGCCGACGCGCAGCUGGCCGCCCCGAUGCCGCGCCCCGUGCGCAGGCUGCGACGGAGGGCGGCCCUGCAUGCCGCCGACGCGCAGUCGGUGUGA